AUGCUGAUGGAUGAAGAGUGUGUGUCAGGUGCGGUCCGACCGAUCUGUAACAGUGGCUCAGAACCGAGUUCAGUGCUGCUGGUGUGUGAAGGUCAUGGUGAUCAGAUCCUCAGUGUUCUACGCGCAUUCCGUGACAAAGGCACGCUCUUUGACUUCCGCAUCCACGUUCAGGAUGAGAUCCUGCCGUGCCAUCGCUGUGUCCUCGCCGCUUGCAGUGACUUCUUCAGGACCAUGUUUGAGGUGAACAUGCGAGAGCGUGAUGGUGGCUCGGUCACACUGAGUAAUCUCUCCCCGCAGGCUGUACGCAGCUUUCUGGACUUUGCGUACUUGGGCCAGAUGGAAAUCAUGGAGGAAAACGUCGAUAUGCUUUUCCAGAUGGCGUCUUUUCUACAGGUGAGUGCACUCUCCCAGGCCUGCAGUGAUUUUUUAAUCCAGACACUUGACCUCUCCAACUGCCUUCACAUGUUGGCCAUCGCUGAGGGAUAUGGCUCGUCUCACCUUCUGCACUGCGCUGCUGAGUUUGUGAUGGCCAACUUCCAUGCACUUUCCUCUAGUCCAGACUUCCUGGAGAUGCCUGCAGGAAUCCUGCGUCGCUGCCUAGCUUCAGAUUCACUCAAUGUCCCAGACGAAGAAAGUGCACUGCGAUCUCUGAUCCUGUGGACUGAGCAUGACCUGCAAUUUCGGCGUAGUUUACUUCCUGAGCUUCUCUCGCACAUCCGACUGCACCAUCUUCCCCCUGCCAGGCUGGAGGAAAUGGGCCAGUCCGAAGCACUGAUACUGAAUAGUGAAGAAUGUUCAAGAGCAGUGAUGACAGCAUUGGCACAAGUGACAGAGUAUAGUGGCCUUUUUCCAAACGCCCGUCCAUCCACAAUAUCCAGCUACAUAUAUGUGCAUAAAACGGAGGAAAACGGCGAGAAGCACCACACAUUCUGCUAUGAUGUGGCAGCCAACCACUGGCACCAGCUGCCAUCCUCUGAGCUUGCUGACCUCCCUGGCUCAUCUAUUACCAGUUUUGGAGAGAAGCUGUUUGUCUUUGGAGGAUGCCGAGGCAAAUGUUGCAGGACGGUGCGACUUCACAUUGCAGAGCCUGAGCAUGAGGCUACGAGGGAAGCAUGGUGCUACUGUCCUGUCACUGGAAAAUUUGUAGAAAUCCAGGCAAUGCAUUUCCCACGAACCAUGCAUGUCUCUGUCUCCACCCUGCACCAUAUUUACGUCAUUGGUGGUAAAACUCUUGGAAUGCAUGGCCUCUUAGAUGUGGAGUGCUAUGACCCAUUAGGGCACACAUGGAAGUCUGUGAGUCCAUUACCACGCCGGAUCUACUUCCCAGAGGCAGCAGUGUGUGGCACCAUCAUCUACACUCUAGGUUCCGAGCUGGAGACCUCUGAUGCCUUCAAUCCAUCACUGGACUGUUUUUUCCGCUACGAUACUGAAGCUAAUCAGUGGUGCCAGCUGGUAGCAGAGUUUGGCCAAUUCUUUCACGCCACUCUUGUUAAAGCUGUGUCUAUUGGAACGACACUCUACCUGUGUGAUCUGUCCACAUAUAAGGUGUACAGAUUCUGUCCAGAGACCUGUGUGUGGAAGAGCGAGGGAACUUUUGAGUGUGCAGGCUUUAAUGCAGGCGCAAUAGGUGUGCAGGGAAAAAUCUACAUCCUGGGAGGGGAUUAUUCUCCCGAUGAGAUCACAGAUGAGGUGCAGGUUUAUGACAGCAGGCACAGCAAGUGGCAGGAGGUGGCACCGAUGCCGUGUGCAUUAACUGAGUUUCACUGCCAGGUGAUCAGCUUUAACCACUACCGAGAUCCAUGGAGAUGCGAACCUGCUGAGAAACAAUAAACACACAAUAAAUGAUACACUUACUAAUACACGGACACUCAUAUUCUUACAGUAUGCAUUUAUGUUUCCAAAAACACAUUUCCACACAGACUUGUAUUUCCAAUCUCACACUUAGGCUAAAAUAAUAAUGUAAAAAUGUUGUAGCCUUUAAUAGAAGUUAGUAAAAUCUUUAUACAUGUUUGCUUUAAGACUCUAGUAUUUGCAGCCCUUGCUUUUUUGUGUGUAGGCUCAUGCUUCUGCCAUGACUCAAAUAAAAAAAAUCUAAAAGGCAUUUGCGGCAGCAGUCAAGCUCCUCAGUGGUGAACUCCAUGGCUGCUGCAAAUGGUUGUCAGAUAUUUUUUAAGGAUUCACAUACUUUAUUUACUUUUCCAUGCAUUUUAUUUUCACUGGCUGUUAUACAUGCACUUUUAUAAUCAUUCAUUUUAUAUUUAUUUAUUCAGUACUUUAUCCUUGUCAGGGUGGCAAUGGAUCCUAUCCCAAAAACCCGAGGCAGGAAUACUCUACUCCAUCAUAGGGCACCAUGUGCACACAACUGCACACACUCACUUUUAUAUACAAUAUAAACUUAUUGCAUGUUACAACUUUUUUCACUUUUUAAUCCUUAAGCAAGGCCCUUAAACCUCCCUGCUCUGCAUCACAACCGACUCUGCGCUUUGACCCCAGAUUAGCAUUUUUUAUUUAUUUAUAGGCACCUUUCAGCUUGUACAUGCCACUCAUUCGGUGCACCUCUUUGCUGGUGGUAUGAUUGUAAAUUAAAUUAUAUUUGUCAGAUGUUUGGUGGAUGUUACAUGUCAUAAGAUAAGAGCAAGCAGAUUGUUAGAGCUUUAAAACUGUCAGGUCAACUCCUUCCAUGAACUCAGUUUCCCAGAACACACUGCUGCCUACAGACAUGGCCGCACUGGACUAUGAUUCCCAGGAACCAUCACCUCUAAUAUGUUCUCCAUCCCCGGACUUCUGAUUACUCUCACCUGUUUCCAAUCAUAUAUAUAUAUAUGUAUAUAUAUAUAUACACACACACACACACACACACACUCACUAUAAAAAGGACUCUCACUCACUACACAUUGUGAAGUAAUGCUCGGUUUGUGUUUGCAUCUGAACUUACUAAACCAUGGCUUCUGUCUGAGAUUUUGAUAGCAUGUGUUGUAGUCUGUACAUCUUUUCAAAUAAAGAUGCUUGGCCUUAAAAAGAACAGUGCCCAAAAAUGGUGAUGGAAAUAAAACAUAAACCAUCAUUGUUGGUUAAAAAAAAAAGGAUUGAAGGAAUGAUGGUUAUCAUGAUAGUAUGUAUAUAACUGACUAAUAUUAAUGAUUAAAUAUUAGAUAUAAUUCAUUUUAAAUGCUGCUGUGCCUGAGACACAUUAACACUUACACAUCAGUUCUUUUCCUUUUCUUUAUUGGAAGCACAACUUUAAAAGUUAGAUCAAUUUAAGCUUAAAUUUAUAAAGUUAACACAUUCUUUGGAAAUGCAAAUGGUUCACAAGUUGUGCAAAAGUACAUAAACGCAAGAAAAGGUGUCAAGAGUCACAGUCGAAUUAUUCUUCAUAU